UAUUCAAAAAGAAAAAUUAAAAAAAAUUCCAUUCCUCGCGAUUUUCUUCUUCUUCUUCUUCUUCCUGUCGCAAAGAUCGAAGACUCAUCAUCAUCUCCUCAAACCUUCUCCGAUUGAUUAAUUAAGGGUUAAAAGAAGAGUAAACCUAAAAUAGCAGUUUAAGCUGUGAGUGAAUUAAAAAAAAAAAAAAAAAAGGGAUGGCUUGUAGAGGUUGUUUGGAGUGUUUGCUAAAGCUACUCAACUUUCUUCUUGCUGUUGCUGGACUUGGCAUCAUUGGUUAUGGUAUCUACUUGUUUGUUGAGUUCAAGAGAGCAACUGAUCACUCUGUUUCAUUCAUUCCUACAAAUGUCAACGACCAAAGUUACGUCUCUUUUGGGAGGCCCAUGCUUAUGGCUGUCGCCCUCUCUUCCAAUGUCUUUGACAAUCUCCCCAAAGCUUGGUUCAUCUACUUGUUCAUUGGUAUCGGUGUGGUUCUGUUUGUUACUUCAUGCUGUGGAUGUGUUGGUACUUGUUCAAGGAGCAUCUGCUGCUUAUCUUGUUACUCCCUGCUUCUCAUCUUGUUGAUCUUGGCUGAGCUUGGAGCUGCAGCUUUUAUUUUCUUCGACAACAGCUGGAGAGAUCAAAUUCCUUCUGACAAGACUGGAAACUUCGAUACCAUCUAUCAUUUCCUGAAAGAAAACUGGAACAUUGUCAGAUGGGUAGCUCUAGGAGCAGUUGUUUUCGAGGCUUUGCUUUUCUUGCUCGCCCUUGUGGUUAGGGCAGCUAACACACCAGAUGAGUAUGACAGUGAUGAUGAGUUUAUUGCUCCUCCUAGGCAAAUCAGGCAGCCAUUCAUCAACCGCCAACCCACCCCUGUCACCGGUGUCCCAGUUGCUCCUACUUUGGACCAACGCCCGAGCCGCAGUGACCCUUGGAGUGCACGUAUGAGGGAGAAGUAUGGACUCGACACGUCUGAGUUCACAUACAAUCCCUCAGAGUCACACCGGUUCCAGCAAAUGCCGACGCAACCAAAUGAAGAGAAGGGCCGAUGCACCAUCAUGUGAGUCCAUGCUAUAACGUCUUUAAAAAGUUCAGUCAGUUCUCUUUUCCUAUUUUUAUUUCUGCUUGCGUGUAACAACCAAGAGUGUCAGUGAAAUUAGAGGUGUGUUUCUGGGUUGUUGAUGAUGAUGACUCUCUAGCACUGGACGUAUCUCAAAUCAACCUAGUCACGUUUUGUGGAAACUCUUUUUAUUGUGUCUGUGUAGUCUUUUUGUAAGUACUUUACCAUCAUGAAUGUUCAUCUUGCUUAUCUGAUUCGGUCCUAUCAUUCUUAUUAUAUAUAAAAUUCAUCUGCUUUAUC